AUGGUUAUCCCUAAAGCAAAAGUACCGGAUGUUCUACAGCUGUACCAUAAUAGUUGUUCAGGAGGCCAUCUGGGAGUUAAUCGAACUCUACUGAAAAUCCGAGAACGAUUUCACUGGGUCCACUGUCAUGACGAUGUCGAGGACUGGUGUCGCAAAUGUACAAGUUGUGCGGCUGUCAAGGGACCUCAGACUCGUAUUAGAGGUGCAUUUAAAUUAUACAAUGUUGGUGCACCAAGGGAGAGGAUAGCCCUUGACGUUGCGGGGCUGUUUCCGGUAAUUAAAAGUGGUAACAAAUAUUUCAUGGUUGAGAUGGAUUACUUCACUAAGUGGCCAGAAGUUUUCGCCUUUCCAAAUCAAGAAACUUCAACAGUUGCAGAUAAACUAGUUCAUGAAGUCUUCUGUCGUUUUGGAGUACCUUUAGAGAUUCACAGCGAUCAAGGAAGGAAUUUUGAGUCUCAAAUAUUCCAGGAAGCUUGUCGACUCAUGGGUACUCAUAAAACAAGAACAACUUCUUACCACCCACAAUCUGAUGGAAUGGUAGAACGAUUUAAUCACACAUUGGAGAGGUACCUAGCAAGAGUUGUGGAAAAUCGGCAACGAGACUGGGAUAAGCACAUACAACCGCUUUUGUUGUUAUAUCGAAGCGCUGUUCACGAAAGUACAUCAGUGACACCAACUUUCGCAAACUUUGGAAGAGAAUUACGGCUGCCUGCAGACAUGAUCACCGGAAUACCACCUGAUGCCCCACGCAAUAUUACCGCUUAUACAAAUGAAUUGUGGAACAAAAUGAAUGACAUUUAUGAGCACGUCAGACAAUCUUGCCAGCAAAUGUCUGAAAAGAUGAAAACCCGGUAUGACCGCAUAAUGAACAACAAAGGGUUCGACGAAGUUCGCAGCAAAGGGAAAUCUCCUAAGCUUCAAGCUAAAUGGGACGGACCGUACCGGAUUGUGACAAGGAUCAAUGACGUAACCUACUGGAUACAGAAAGAUGCAAGAGGUACUCCUAAGAUUGUCCAUGUGGAUCGACUGGCGCACUAUUAUGGGGCUGAUAAUGCUCGGGACGAGCAUUUCUUAGGCCGUAUUCAGUGCUCUCCUGACGGUCAGGACUGA